GCUAUAAAGACCAAGCUCAAGUGCCAACCAACGAACAGUAGACGUCUGACAUCACACAAAAUGCAACUUGGUCUCUGGUUUGGGCUUUUCGCCGUCGCCGCCGCACCGCUGGUGAGCGCUAAUUAUGGUCGUGGCUCUGGCGGUCCGCUGCCGUAUCUGCCCGGAGGUCCAUCGGCCGGUUUGGAUGAGUAUGUGAAUGCCGCCACCGGUGGCUCACAGGCCUCGUCGAAUCAGCUGACAGCCCAGGCCGAGAUCCAGCCCUCGCCCGAGGAGGCCCGCCGCCUGGGCCGCGUCCAGGCUCAGCUGCAGGCGCUGAACAACAAUCCCACCUACCAGAAGCUGAAGAACUCUGAGGAUAUCGCCGAGUCACUGGCCGAGAACAACUUGGCCAGCAACAUUCGUCAGGGCAAGAUCAAUGUGGUCUCACCCCAGUUCGUUGAUCAGCAUCUGUUCCGCUCCCUGUUGGUGCCAUCGGGCCACAACAACCAUCAGGUGAUCGCCACACAGCCCCUGCCCCCAAUCAUUGUGCACCAGCCCGGCGCACCACCCGCCCAUGUGAACAGCGGCCCACCGACUGUGGUGCGCGGCAAUCCCGUCAUCUACAAGAUCAAGCCCUCGGUCAUCUACCAGCAGGAGGUCAUCAACAAGGUGCCCACGCCACUGAGCCUCAACCCCGUCUACGUGAAGGUCUACAAGCCAGGCAAGAAGAUCGAGGCACCUCUGGCCCCAGUGGUUGCCCCCGUCUACCAGCAGCCUCAGUCCUACAGCCAGCCUCAAUCCUACAACCAGGGACCGUCCUACGGCAGCCACGGUGCCUCCGGCCCCAGCCACUCCGGCUCCAGUUCCGACAGCUACGCCGCCGGUGCUGAUUCUCCGCUCUAUGCCAGCCCCGCUCCCUAUGGUGGAUCCAACUACUAAGCGAGCACCGCUGGGCACUUGCCGUGCAGUCCGUCCGCUGCCCUGCUGGAGGGUGUUUAAUUU